AUGAACACAAUCAAAUACCUCUCCGGCAUCCUCCAAGCCGAAACCACUGCCCCCGGACCCCUCGAACUCUGGAUCGCCAUGACAGACCGCAAGAACCAACCCGAGCACUGGGCCCUGAUCCUCCGCCACCCCGGCUCAGAAACAUGUACACGCCUGCACAUGGAAAACGGCUACCCGCCCUCCUCAUACACCCACCUCUUCGAAGACAACAAGCAAUUCGACAGCUGGGGUCUCCCAAUUAAGGAGAAGAUAGCCACGAUUUCGCGGUCCGACGAGCAGGAGAUCCUCAACGCGGCUUCCGCUGUCCCGCCUCAGCGGUGCCAGCGGUAUGUUGUGUCUGUGCUUGCACGCUUAGAGACAACAGGGAAGUGUCUUGUCCCGCAGGGGACAGCGAGGAGGUAUGAGGAGAUGGUGCAGAUGGGUGUGUUUGAGGGGCCGGUGAUGUCUGUCACGGACGAGACUUGGGAGGAGAUGGUCGAGGAUCUCGGGCAUUAUCAGGCUGCGAGGGCGUUGUUGGCGAUUCAGGGGUGGUUGAGGCCCCUGAAGGAUUCUGGUAAGGACGGGAAAGCGGAUGGAGGGGAGGUAUGUAAGGGAGGGUCUGGAAAGUAA